AGAACACACAAGCCCAAUAAAUUUAAAGCCUAAGCCCAAGCCCAAUAAACUUUCAACCCACCGCUCCGUCAUCCUCUUCCUCUCCUCUCCGCCCCCUCCGCCGCCUCCGCCGCCGCCGUCCUCUCCUCCUUGCAAUCACCUUUCUGUAUCUCAUAGAUCGGUUCCAAUUCGGCCGAUUUGGCGAACCAUGCCCUAUAUCCGUCGGCGUGGGAAUGCUCAUUUCGAGACGAGCUUUUCAAUUAAGUCUCCGGCGGACGACGGCGACGGCCGCAAUAGAAGCGCCGCUCUCUGUCUCAGCAGACAAAUGCAAAUCAAUGGACCAAAUUAGGCAAAUUCACGCCCAAAUGAUCGUCACCGCCCGCAUUCACGACGCCUACGCCGCGAGCCGAUUGAUCAAUUUUUGCGCUCUUUCAGACCUGAAUUACGCACUCAAACUAUUUCAUCACAUCCCUACCCCGAAUUUGUUCAUGUGGAACACAAUAAUCCGAGCAUUAGCAAACACUUCGAACCCCUCCGAUGGCUUCCUUCUGUACGUCGAGAUGCGAAGGCGCGGCGUAGCUCCUGGGACCCACACCUUCCCUUUCGUCCUCAAAGCUUGCUCGAACAUGAAAUUGAGUAAAUGUUUUGCGCAGGUGCACGCCAAUGUUUUGAAAUUUGGAUUUGAGAUCGAUCCGCACGUCGGGAAUGCGCUGGUGAGAGGGAUUUCUGUAACGUCGGGUAGUGUUGGGGAUGCACGGAAGGUGUUCGACGAAAUGCCUGUGAAGGAUUUGAGGCUGUGGACGACGAUGAUAUGUGGGUAUGCACAGAAUGGAUGUCCCAAGGAAGCAAUUACAUUGUUUCAAGAAAUGAUCGGGGAAGGAUUUGAACCGAGGGGGGUGGUGUUGUCGUCGGUGCUGUCGGCAUGCGCCCAGUCGGCACAGCCGGAGCUUGAGCUCGGGGAGCGAAUUCAUCGCUACAUCGAGGAGAAGGGAAUGGAAGUCGGCGUGAUUCUUGGGACGGCGAUCGUGAACAUGUACGCGAGGAACGGGGCGUUGGCGAAGGCAAAAAAAUAUUUCGAUGGGAUGAAGGCAAAAAAUGUCGCGACUUGGAAUGCGUUGAUUUGUGGGAUGGCGGUUCACGGGCGCGCCGAGGAGGCGAUAAACGUUUUUAAAAUGAUGUUGGAGGAGGGGUUCGAGCCGAACGGGAUUACGCUUCUUGGCGUGAUGUCGGCGUGUUGCCACGCCGGAUUGGUGGACUACGGCCGUGAGGUUUUCUAUUCGAUGUUUGGCGUUUACGGCGUCAAGGCGAAUUUGAAGCACUACGGUUGCGCGGUGGACUUGCUCGGGAGAGGAGGGCGGGUUUUGGAGGCCGAGGAAGUUAUAAGAACGAUGCCUUGGAAAGCCGACGUGGCGAUAUGGGGGGCGUUGUUGAGUGGUUGUCGAGAGUGUGGGAAUAUUGAGGUUGCAGAGAGGGCGGCGAGGGAGAUACUUGAUUUGGAUCCGCAAAAUCACGGGGUUCAUGUCGUGUUGUCGAACAUGUACGUCGAGGCCGGAAAAUGGGAGCAAGCGAUGAAAGAAAGGAAAGGGAUGAGAGACGGGAGUUCGAAGAAAAUGGCGGGAUGGAGCGUAGUCGGAGGCGGGACGAGGGAUCGAUUGAUCGAACAAGUUUGCGAUGCUACUUCGAAAGCAACGCAACAAUAUUAACAUAUUAUUAGAGUUGUUAAACGAAUCAGGUAACUUGUAAAGAGGGAUGAGGGAUCGAUUGAUCGAACGAGUUUGCUAUGCUACUUCGAAAGCAACACGACAACAACAAUAGCGAUGAAUUAUUAGAGCUGAUAAACGAAUCAGAUAACUUGUGCGCGAGCUGAGUUUGAUUUGACUCGUUAAUAGACGAACUCGACUAGUUUGUCGAGAUAGAUGAGCUGAACUCGAAAUUGAGAUGAACUCGACUAGUUUGAUCUUUUAUUAUUUUAGUCCCGCAAUUGGAGUACGUAUAAAGUUGUUUU